CAAAUGUCAUUUAUAAAUAUGGCCGCGACCUCAGCAGGACGGGUGGCUGUGUUAUGUAGAAAUUUUCAAAAAGGAUUAACAUUAUGUAAUACGACGUGUUCAAAUCAGAAUAAUUUCUUUCACAGAACUCAACUACGGUUUUUUCACCCGAGGGUAAGCGCAAGUAACUUCUUUCCCAGUCUCGUUGAGCAGUGCAGAGCUUUACAUUCCUCUCAUAGCCGAAGAGGUCUGGAAGAGUUUUUUGAUGAUCCAAAAAACUGGGGCGAACAACAUGUGAAGUCUGGGGCCCCUUGGAGUGCCAAACAACUUCGAACUAAAAGCAAUGAGGAUUUACACAAAUUAUGGUAUGUCUUAUUGAAAGAGAACAACAUGCUUUUGACACUGGAACAGGAGUCUAAAAGGCAAGCAGUGCCAAUGCCAAGUCCAGAGCGUUUAAAAAAGGUUGAAAGAUCUAUGAAAAGGUUGGAUAGUGUUGUCAAUGAACGCACAGAGGCACUGAGACUGCUGCAGACAGGUGUGAAGAAUGAGAGACCUGGAGAAUGGAGAAGAAACUGUUUGGGACAAGCAAUCUGGUAUAAAUUUAAGGAACAUCCUAUUCCUUGGUACAUGAACAGAAGAUACAAAAAGAAGCAAUUCUUUGCACUGCCGUUUGUGAACUUUUUUACUCAACUAAAUCUAGAAAAGCAUCUCCGGAUUAGAAACAGAAAGAGAAGAGCAGAAAAGGAAGAAAAAUUGAAAUUACAGAAGUUUUCUAAAGCCACAGCAUAAAUUAAACACAUCAACAAUGUAUUAUUAGUGUGUUUACCAUAUUGUACUACUAAUAAAGAAAAGAUGCAAGAAUGCAAUUCUG